ACAGGGGAAUAAUUUGUUAAGAAGCAUUCAUAUUUUUCUUUACCAGUACUAUAUGAUGUGAAAUUAAUGACAUCACACUAUUAUUAAUAUUAAAUAUAACUGAAAUAUUUUCUAAUAAAUCAAUCAUAUGAAAUUAUAUUCACUUGGUAUUUUCCGCUAUAUUCUUAUUUUCAACUGUAGAAUCUUUUUUAAGAAAUACGUAUAAAAUAUAGUAAUUUUAAAAAGUGUGAACGCGAAAAAUAGAAUAAUGUCAAUGUCAUAAAUCAAUAAUUGCGCCACCUUUUGUUGAAAUUAACUUUCUUUUUUUUUUCUCGUACUGGAGUGAUGGAUGCUGGUAUUUGAGUGAAGUAUAUAAGGAAUUUUGAAAAUUAACUGGAAAUGGUAUCGCCAAAAGCUGUUUUAGGUAUAUGUGCCGGGGUGUCAGCCACUUUAUUUUUAGGAUAUUGCAUAUAUUUCGACAACCAAAGACACAGUGAUCCCGAUUUUAAAAAGAAAUUGCGACAAAGAAGACGAAAUAGAAGAGCUGCAGCUGCAUCGGCCGGAAAAAGAACAAACACAGUAUUUCCUGAUUUAAAAGAUCAUGAAGCAGUACAAAGAUUCUUCUUACAAGAGAUCCAACUUGGCGAAGAGUUGCUCGCGGCAGGUGACCUUGAAAACGGAGUCGACCAUCUUGGCAAUGCAGUAGCCGUUUGCGGACAACCGAACGAUCUUUUACAAGUCUUGCAACAAACGCUACAACCUAAUGUGUUCCACUUACUCGUCAAAAGACUGCCGACUGUAGCACCACGUUUAAUGAAGGCACAAAGUAGUACUCCGAGCGCAUCUUUGCAGGAAGAUGAUGUGGAGUGAUAUGAAUGCCUUUUGCGCUCUAGUCUCGUCGUUAGAAUCGUUAUAGCUCUGUGUCACUUUCCAUUGUUGCAGAAUGCAGUAAUAUACUGGUUUAUGUGAGCAAUACUUUAAUUUUCACGUUUUAUAUCUGAGGUAUCCUUGGACAAAUAUUUAAAAUCAAAGUGGAUUAAUUUAUUAUACUUAGUUGGCAAAUAUAAAGUAUAUUUCUGGA